AUGAAUAUCUCAUAUUCUAAUGAUCCUAAAUUUCAUUACUAAUAAUCUAUAUUGAAUCCUUACAUUAACUAAUCAAUUAAUAAGUAGGGAAUAGCUAACUCUCAAAUACUAUAAGGAAGCCCUGGUAAAAUUAACAAUUAAAUAUUUAUUUUAGUUCACUUACCUAAUUACUCUACAUAAGGUAGAAAUCAGUCUAAUUCAAUAUUUUCAACACCUUCUGCUCCAAAAGCCCAAUUACCAUUUAUUCAAUAAUCUAUUCCUUAAUCAAUAAUAAAACCAAUAGUUAGAUCCCCUUCUCCUAUAAAUUAACAAAAAUUUCAUUAGACAUAACCAAUAUAAUCUAGAAAUAUAUAAUAUUAUGAAUCACCUUAAGUUCAAAAAGCACCUUAAGUUAAAAUUGGUAUAUUUGUAUAACAAAAAUUUUAGUUCAUGAAAUAGAGUAAGUACCUAUAAUACAUGAAUUACAUCAUGUAAAUAGACCCAUAAAUGUAAUUUCUAUGGAUGAAAUUGAAGUGCCUUGGAGAAGUAAGCAGAUUCUUUUGGAGAAACAAUUAAUUGAAUUAUAGUUGAUGUUAAGACGUAAUCCUUAAGAAAGGAGUGAAAGAAAGAAAAUAAUAGUGGAAGAUGAAGCUAGAAUUAAAGAGCUUGAAUAAGAAAUAGCAAAAUUGAGACUCAUUGUAUAAGAGAAUGAAUAGAACAUUUAAAAUUAUUAUGGUUAGGUCGAAUAAGCAUAAUAAAAUAUAGAGAAUGCUGAAGAAUAAGCAAGUGAAUAAAUAGAAGAAUAAAAUAGAGAAUUAGCUAAAUGGAAGAAAAAAUUCCAAGACCUUAAUAAAAAGUAUCAUGAUUUAGAAGAAGAAAUAACAAUGACAGAAGCUCAGAUAGAAAGUAUUUAAAAAAGAAAAAUGACUACAUAAAAAAUUACAUCUAAUAAAAUAACAUCUAAUUCAAGAGUAAGAGAUAGUGGAUUAAUAGGUAGUAGUGUUAAAAAGAAUUAUUGA